AUGGAUCUAGAACUGGAGCAGGAAGACAUAGGGUGUACGGACGAGGAGAGGAUAAAGAAUCUGGAAGCGGACACGUGUCCGGGGUUCGUAUCGGACGGCAGUAAUAGAGUGGAGUGGUUAAACAAGGCAUUUAAGAGGAUGGUGAGGCAGAGGCAGAGGCAGAGAAGUGACAGUGAGUCACCCGCGGAGAUAGGCGUAUGGUUGAUAUCAAAGCCGAGACUGGGACUGGGGUAUUUUAGGAGAAGUUUUACGUGCCAAAUAAAGCUGCAGUUCAAAUGGGGUACGGAAAUGGAAAAGGACUCCAAAGUAGUGCCUUGUGAUGCGUGGAGAAUGGACGGCGGAGGAUUUGCAUGGAAACUAGACGUCAAAGCUGCCCUCACUUUGGCUCCUUUGCUCCAAGAAGAUUGA